UAUGCUUAGUCGGUGAUGUUCGCUCGUUCCGGUUAACAGUAGGGCGUAAGUUAGUUCCGAGCAAGAUACACGUUCUCUCGGGAAGAUUUGUUGACACACUUCGUAUAACAAUAAGUUGUAUAACACGCGUCUUAUUUCUUCCGAAUAUAAAGAGAACUUCUAACGUCAAACGCGAAAACGACAACGUGUGUCGGAAAGUUAACGGCCGUUUCUUGCAUUCUUUUGUUUGUUUUUCUCAUCAGUUUCUCAUCGUCUCUGCGGGAAGAAAGAGAGAUGUCCGAAACGAACAAAUCGGUUUCUACGUCCGACGGAGACGCGUCCAAAAAGACCGACUGUCUUGAAACCGCCGCGAUCUCACAACUGGCCGUCGAAACAAAAUGCGCCGACGAUGCGGCAUCGGAAAAAGAUGCGUCUACAGAAGAAAUUGCGGCAACGCCGAUGUCAGCAGCUGAGAAUUCGGCGACAAAUAGCCGGCCCGCGGAGGAAGUCGAGAACACAGUUGCUCCCGAAGAAGCGCCACAGAUAACGAGCGAAGACAAGUGUAGACAGAACGCAGGAGACAACGAAACGUACAUAUCCGGUUUGCAGGCAGAAGUGCGGGAGAGAACGAAGGAGUGCGACACUUAUCGAAAGAAAUUGGAUGAGGCGGAAACGAAGCUGGCCGCUUUGCAGACGUCCUGCGACGCGAUGACGAGUCGUGAGGGUGUCAACGAGAAUGCGCUGCAACAAUCGGUGGAACAGCUGCGCGGCCAGCUGGCGCAGACCGCGUUGAUGUACGAGGAACGAAAUCGGAUGGUCGCGAAUCAGGAGAAUCAGAUCAACGCUCUUAACAAUCAGGUAACCUCGUUGAAGGAAGUGGUGUCGAUCACGCGAGAUCUGCUGGAGAUUCGCAAUGUGGAGGUCAAACAGUUACAAACCGAAGUUGACAGUAUGGCGAAGAAGAUCACCGAGGAACGCGAUCGGCACAACACGAUGAUCAGCAAGAUGGACGCGGCGAUGCGACUCAACGCCGAUCUGAAGAAGGAGUACGAGACUCAACUCGCUCUGUUUCAGAGUCUUCGCGAGAAAUACGGCGAGAAAAUCAAUCUGCUGUCCAGAGAGAAGCAAGCUCUCGAAGAAACGGCCAUUCCUGCGCCCAAAUAAUUGAAGAUUAUCUUGUCUUUUGAUUUUUUAUUAUUUUUUUUUUUUUUUAUUGUCAUGUCUGCUGUUAUUCAACACAUAAUAAAAAAUGAUGUUCGAGCAGAGCUUGCGUUCCGAUACAUUUCGUACAUGUCAUCUAUUAUAAAAAAUAUUUUUUUCAUAUCGUGUAAAAAGUUCACGAGAAAUUGUUGCUAGGGGAAUAUUCGCUGAACAUUCGCUCUUGGACUAAAUUUUCGGUAUAUUGUACGUCUUGCCAAAUAUUCCGCAUAAAAAUGACAUACAUAAAUAUUGCGUGUAUCAUCCGCGUCGAAAAGUCAAAAGGGCAAGUGUUACGCAAAGUCAUAUAUAAAAAAAAAACAAUUACGGGUCACGAGAAGAGUUAUCGAAUAGAAGUUAAAAAUCAAACGUUUUCGAUGGUAUAAAAGGCGACAGUAAAACGACUUUUUCUCAAAUUAUCUCGGGAGUGCUUUCGUUGACGGAGGAGCUCGUUUGAAGAAAAAAAGAUGAAAACAUUGGCGAUAGGUUUGCUUAUGUUUUGCGUAAUUGUGACAAUCUCAGCAAAACCAAUUGUAGAAAUUUAUCCGUUCUUUUUACCCCCGUUUGAUGAGUUUUUAUGCCGGCUAUAUCAAGUACGACCUAUUAUCAAGUACUCGAGAUUCCGUACUACUACUGAUUCUGUUACACCACCCAUAGUACCACCGAAUAUUGAAAUUACAUCGAUAGACAAAAAUGUAAUUGAAUCCGCAUCGAUACCGACGGUCAGCCUUUUGCGACAUCGUCGUGCUACACAAGGAAAACAAUAAAAUACAACAAAAUAUAGAUGACAAAAUGUUAAUUGUCUAGGUGGAAAAUAAACUUUUAGUGCAUUAUGCAUUUUUUUACA